CAGUUGACUUUCCCCGCUGAGGGAAAGCGGGAUGUUGGUUAAGAACUGGUUAAGGGGUGAUUACUAGUAGUUAGUACGGAGGAGGGAGGGGUGAGUGGUAGGCAGUGUUAGGAGAGGUAUUGCUAGUUAGUGAGAGCUGGUUAAGGUUAUUGCUAGUAGGAGGUAGUAAAAAGCUUUGUUAUAACUAGUUAGGGAAAGGGAUUGUUAAACCAAAUUCUUGUCGUUAGCAGCUGGUGGAGGAUUGGUUGUUACUAGUUAAAUGAAGGAUUGUGAUUAGCCAGUUACAAUCUUUGCGGGGGGGGGGGUAAACUAUUCAGGGUUUACUGACCUGUGUUGGUGGAAGUUGGUUAGUCAGAGCGUGGUUAUUAUUAGUUAAUGGGAGUGGAUUGGUAACCAGGCAGCAUGGGGCCUGGCUAUCAUUAAUCAGUGGGGGCAGAAACCAGACACGGUCAGGAGUCUGCGUGAUAGUGGCAGCAGGUUGCAGAUGGGUUAACCAGCAGUUGAACCAGGUUGUGAAUGGGUUUUGAGUUAAGCUUAGUUAUCUAGUAGUUGAUCCUGGUUGUGAGUGGGUUAAUCUGUAAUUUGAGCCCUGUUGUGUACAGAUUAAGUGGUCGUUAAGCUGUUUUAUGGACAGGUUAAAUGGUGGUUGAGCCUGGGUACAGGUGGGUUUAAGUGGUAGUUGAGCUGGUUAAAUGGUAGUUAUGUCUAUCAAUGAGUGAGUUAAGUGGUAGAUAAGUCUGUUAAUGAGUGAGUUAAGUGAUAGUUGAGCUGGUUCACAGAUUGGUUAAGCGGUAGUUGAACCGGGUUACUAGGGCAGGAUGUCGGAGCGGGAGGAGCGCCGGUUUGCCGAGGUGCCCCGCGAGUCGGUGAAGCUGAUGGCGGAGAGCGCGGGGCUGGAGCUCGGCGACGAGGUGGCGGCCCUGCUGUCCGAGGACGUCUGCUACCGGCUGCGUGAGGUGGCGCAGAACAGCGCCCAGUUCAUGAAACACGCCCGGCGCAGGAAACUCACCACCGAGGACUUCAACCGCGCCUUGCGCUGGGCCAAUGUCGAGCCGGUGUGCGGAUACGGGGCGGCCGACGGGCUGCCGUUCCGCGGGCUGCGAGACGGUGAGCUGCUCGUGCCCGAGGACCGAGAGGUGAACCUGCUGGAGCUGGCCCUCGCCACCAACAUCCUGAAGGGCUGUGCUGAGACCACCAUCCGCGUUCAGAUCUCGUACUUGGACAGUAAAGGCAACGAGGAGGCUCAGGGAGUGGUGCCGACGGCCGUCUCCUCCCUCUCGGAUGACCUGACGAAAUACUACCAGCAAGUCACCAGGGCCGUGCUGGGCGACGACCACCGCCUCAUGAGGGUGGCUCUUCAGGACCUGCAGUCGAAUUCGAAGAUUGCUGCUCUACUGCCCUACUUUGUGUACGUGGUCAGUGGGGUGAAGUCGGUGAGCCACGACCUGGAGCAGCUGAACCGGCUCCUGCACAUCGUGAAGAGCCUGAUCUGCAACCCGUACCUGUACUUGGGCUCGUACCUGCGCAGCCUGGUCUCCAGCAUUAUGUACUGCAUCCUGGAGCCGCUCGCCGCCUCCAUCAACCCCCUCAACGACCACUGGACCCUCCGAGACUACGCUGCCCUGCUGCUGAGGCAGAUCUUCUGGUGGCACGGUGACUUAGUCGGGGGGCUCUACAACCAGAUCCUCCUGACCCUGCAGAAGGUGCUCAUUGACCCAGUACGACCGCUCUGCUCGCACUACGGGGCACUGGUGGGGCUGAACGCCCUCGGCUGGAAGGCAGUAGAGAGGGUCCUUUACCCCCAGCUCUCUACCUACUGGCCAAACCUCCAGGCAGUGCUGGACGACAACUCGGUCUCGAAUGCUCAGGUGAAAGCUGACGGACAUAAGGUGUACGGGGCAAUGCUGGUUGCCGUGGAGAAGCUUCUGAGAGCUAAGGCCUGGCUGUACCCCGGCCCGGACUCCGGCCCCGACACCACCUCCCCGGCCGGGAGCCCGCCCCGUGACCCUCCCGUCGACUUCGGCUUCGGCCUGGCCAGUCACCUGCUGCAGGCGGUCCCCGGCCCCUCAUCCCCUCCGCCGCGGCCCCCUCCGCCCCCCUCCUCGCUGCCUUGCCUCUACCGGCACCUUUAUUCCUUCUUUGGCGACAGCCUGUCGCUCCGCUUUGGCACCGGGCCGGGCCUGGGGCCCCCGUCCUCCUCGGCCGUCCCUCCGCCCUCCCUCUCCCCGACUCCCUCCAUGGCACGGGACGGGGAGGCUCCGAGGGCCCAGCCCCCGCCAGAGGGGGCUGAGGCGCCCCGCAAGAUGCCGCAGCUGACCCUCAGUCUGACCCUCAGCCCCAGGCCGGAGGGGAGUCCCUCCGCCGACCCCUCGGGACCCCGGCCGCCCCCUCACCGGCCAGGCCUGGCCGCCAAGCCGCUGUCGGCCCGCCAGGCCCCGCACGAGCGGGACCCGGCCCAGGCGCGGGGCGGAGGGGCGGCAUUCCAGCGCAGCCGGCUCUCCCUCUGCCGGGGCCACCCCACCUUCCUCAUCGCCGGCCGGCAGGUGGGGCUCCGGGUGCGAGGACGGGUCUUCCAGACCACCUUCCCCCUGUACCGGGGCCCCAGCCUGGCCUCCAGGUACGGCCAGAGGCUGCCCAUGAUCGGCCGAGCCAACCGGGCCGCCAGACGCUGGCCGCGCACCGACUACUCGCUGCGCAUGCUGCUGUGAGUUGGCGGCUGUGGAGGGGGAAGGCGAGGGGAGAGUGACCCUCGCUACCCCCUCCCACCCUGUCUCCCCUUCAACCUGCUCCCGUGAUUCCCUCCCUUCCCCUCUCCUCUCCCCUCCCCUCCCUCUCCCCCUCCCCCUCUCCCCUCCCCCUCUCCCCUCCCCUCUCCCCACUCCCUACCCCUCUUCCCCACUCACUUUUCCCCACUCCCUUCCCUCUCACCUCACUCCUUUCACUCUUCACCUUAUCCCCCCCUCCCUGCUCCACAGUAGGAUUCCCCAUUUCCAAACCACCGCCCCUCUCUCUCACUGCCCCCCCCGCUGCCCUCCUGCCACAACCCUUGCACCCCUGCUCUGCCCCACUCCCUGUUGAGCAGGGAGGCAGACCAGCGUCCUCCCCCCCUCCACGAAUACCAGCCCGAGAUUUCGGUUCCACCCCACCCCUCACCUCCGGCCCAGGCUGUGUCCUUCCUCAGAGGCGGCAGAAACCUCGGACGCUGGGGCAAGAUGUCGGGCGAGCUCGGGAAGUGGACGGUCGACGGUUCGGGCCAGGAGUCUCCAAGCAGUCCGGUUGACUGUCCGUCUCCUUCCUGACCCACUGAGUUCCAAUCUGCUCCGUCGCCAGCGACUCUAUGAAGUUCCUGUCAGUCGCAACCCGGGGUAAAAAAUUACCCCCCAGCGUCGGGCACUGCCGAGAGUUACUUUUCUAUGUCACAUUUUGAGAUUUCCAUGUAUAUUUGGGAAUGUUUGAUACAAAGUUUGGAAUUAAAAGGAAUGAAUCCAUA